CAAAAUCUGUCAUUGAGAUUUUCGCAAAGUUCAAUUUGAAAAAUAAAAUACGAAAUUCCCAUUUUAUCAUGUUGCUAAGCAUUAUUAGAGUUAUUAUAAAAUUAUUUGAAAAAGCGUUUUUGUGAUACGCCCAAAAAUUCAUUUGUAGGCCGAGUGGCAUGGUUAGUUAUCUAAUCAUGAAACGGAUUUUAUUUUUACGUUUUAUUUUCUAGUUUUGGACUUGUUUUGGAGUCCAAAACAUUAUUUAUUUGUUCCAAAAGAUGCUAGAAAAUUCUCUUAUCCAUUCCUGAAGAUUCAAUUAGAAAAUUUCUGUGUUAACGUUAUAGUUCAGGUUAGGUUGUAAUCAUGUCUGACGAUUCAAAAGAUGUUAUGAGAGACACCUGGGCUCGGUAUUUGGGGUACUCCAACGAGGUGGGCGAGUCGUUCCGAGCGAUAGCUCCGGUCAAGCUUGUUCGCGCGAGCUACGGCCUGGCAUUUGCGUACGUCCUGGCCGAUACUGCGGACAAAGGAGUUCGGAUGUUAAUGAGCGGAUUCGGUGGAUUAUUACAGAAAGAUGGCCGCCCCAGAAAUGUCAUGAUAGCCACCGGUGACGCUCUCAUUUGGCAGACGCUAGCGUCCAUUGUGAUACCAGGGAUUACGAUUAACAGAAUAUGCGCAUACUCAGGCCGAGCCCUAUCAAAGUACCCGAAAAUUCCUGGAGCAGUCCGUACCUGGAUGACAGUUGGCAUCGGCCUCGCGUCCAUUCCCUUCAUAGUGGUGCCCAUAGAUAUUGGAGUCACUUUCUUAAUGAACCUGACUUAUAGGCGCUGGGUCCCUACUGACGAUUGAGGGGGCAUUUGACGUGAGACCUAUGUCAUUGGAGUGAGUAAAUUUUGAACGCCUACAAUUUUUUUUAUAGCAAAAUGUUUCAGGAAUUAGUGAAAUUAUUGAACGCCUACUGAAUUGUCACUAGCAAAUUCACCGUUUUGUAAUUUUGCUGCAAAAUUUUUGUAAGGUAUAUGCAAAAUUUCCUCAAGUACCUAUUUCAAGGUUCUAAA